AUGACAAAAGAUAACAUAUCACCCAUCCAAAUGCCAGUCCAUAGAGUUCCUGUAGCGAAAAGAGAGGAAGAGAAGGUAGCACUAGAUCGGUACAAACAGGAAGGGAUUAUUAGGAAAGUGGAAGAGUCUACCCCAUGGUGUUCAAAUGAAUUGAUUAAAGAAACACCCAAGAAGUUCCGGAUCUGCAUCGACCCCAGCCAAACCAUAAAUAAGGCUAUUCUUAGACCAAUUGAUCAGAUGCUAACACUGAAUGAACAGCUUCACAAACUGUGUAAUGCAAAAUGCUUCACAAUGCUUGAUGUCCGGGAUGGGUUUUUACAUGUACCACUGGAUGAAGAGUCCUUGCACAUGACCACAAUGCAUACCACCUAUGGAAGAUAUAGAUGGUUAGGUUUACCAUUUGGCAUAACCAGUGCCCCUGAGGAGUUUCAGAAGAGGCUGAUAAUUGCCCUUGAAGGGUCAGAAGGAGUUAUCUGCAUAGCUGAUGACAUUCUUGUUUUUGGUGAAGGAGAUGACUACAAGCAGGCUGAGAAAGAUCAUGAUCGCCACUUAAUUGCACUGAUGGAACGAUGCAUCCAACAAAAUAUCAAGCUCAAUGCAGGAAAAUUGCAGUUCAAGCUGAAAGAAGUAAAGUUCAUGGGAAACAUCAUCACAUCUGAAGGCAUGAAAGCUGAUCCGGGAAAGGUGUCCGGGAUUAUACAAAUGCCAACACCCCGCAACAAAGCAGCUGUAUUAAGAUUCAUAGGUAUGGUGAAUUACCUCUCUCCCUUUUGCGAGCACCUUUCAGCAACCAUUCAACCAUUACGGAACCUCACUCAAAAUGGUGUUCCAUUCAACUGGUCACAAGCGCAAGAUGAUGCAUUCACCAAAGCAAAAGAGCUGAUUUCAAAAUCCCCGACACUAGCAUAUUAUAAUUUGAGCAAACCAGUAGUCAUACAAGCAGACGCCAGUGAUGAAGGCCUGGGUGGCGCAUUGCUUCAACCUGAUGAACAGGGAAGACUGAAACCAGUGGCAUUUACAUCAUGUAGUAUGAGCAGCACCGAGCAACGAUAUUCUCAAAUUGAGAAAGAGUGUUUAGCCAUUUGUCAUUCAUUCAAUAAAUUUGACCAAUGGUUAUAUGGGAAGAAAGACAUAGAGGUGUAUACAGAUCACCAGCCAUUAGAGACAAUACUUAGAAAACCGCUAAAUAAAGCGCUUGCGAGGUUACAGAAGAUGAUGAUGAAACUUCAACGAUACAGUUUCAAUGUAACAUACAAGAAAGGAAAGUCUAUGUAUCUUGCUGACACCCUUUCGCGUGCUACACUUCCAGAUCCAGUUCGAGCUGAAGUCACUGGGUUUGAAGUAUUCAGAAUUGAGCUUGCGCAUCAAGUUAAUGAGCGUAAUGCAAGUCUUACCAAGACUACUGAAGGAAAACUGCAAGUCGAAAUCAAAAGAGAUCCAAUUUUGUCUCAGUUAUAUUCCAUGAUUAUCAAGGGUUGGCCCAAUGAGAGACAGAAAGUUGCAAAAGAGUUACAGCAGUAUUGGAAUUAUAGAGACGAACUGACCAUACAAAAUGAUAUAAUUUACAAAUGUCAUCAGAUUCUCAUCCCAGAGUCUAUGCAGGCAGAUAUGCUCAGUAAAAUCCAUGUCAAUCAUCUUGGUGUGGAAUCCAACAUACGAAUGGCAAGAGAAGUCUUGUUCUGGCCAGGUAUGAGAAAAGCCAUUCAGAAUAAGUGUACUACCUGUGGGUUUUGUGCACAAUACGGCCAGACGUUGACCAAAGAGCCUAUGAAGUUGAUACCAUUACCUUCACUUCCCUGGGAAAUAAUUAGCCAAGAUUUAUUUACGCUCGAGCAACGAAGUUAUCUGGUCACCAUGUGUCACUUCCCAGACUGGGUAGAAGUAGAUGAACUAAUGGAUAAUCUCUCAACAACCAUUGUUAACAAGACCAAGGUACAUUUUGCAAGGUUUGGCAUUCCACGUGUAUGUCAUACAGACAAUGGACCACAAUUUGUUGGCAAAGCAUACAAAGAAUUUGCCAAGGAGUAUGAUUUCAACCAUACAUCAUCUUCACCAUACCAUCCACAGGGAAAUGGCAGAGCAGAGAAGGUGAAGCUUGUUAAGAACAUGAUGAAGAAAUCGGACAAUUUUCAAGCUGCCCUAUUAAACUAUAGAAACACACCUCAGAGAGGUCACUCUUAUUCCACAGCUCAACGGAUGUUGUGUCAUCAUACCCGAACAAAAUUGCCAACGUCAAACAAGGUUCUUGUUCCGAGAAUGAUAAACAGAACAACAAUACAAGAGGAGUUAGACCAUAAACGCAGCACAAGCAAAACAUAUUACGACAGAGCAGUGGGACCACAACACAACACUUUACGACCUGGUCAAUAUGCAUACGCUAGACCGCCUCCACAACAGUGCGGGAAACCAUGGAUCUAUGGACAAAUUACAAGGGAAGAACCAUCGCGUUCGUACACAUUAAAAACACCCAACAGGAUGAUAAGAAGGAAUCGUGUCCACAUCAUACCGGCAACACCACCACCACCAGAUUCCGGACCUACUUCUCAUAAAAGGGCGUCCUCAACCGAUGUGGAAGCAAUCCCCAUCAUUCUUCCAAGUCGACCACCCAAAAAGGAAAUAACGGUAACGAAUGACGGACAAGAACCAUCAACACCCAUAUGA